GACUGAUGGUGGAGUGUGCCUGGGCCAAUGGGAUCACCCAGCACUUCCCAUUCCUGGGAUGAACAUUCGCAAAGAAAAAGGCAUGGCAGCCAAAGAACGGGACGCCGAAGAAGGAAGGCGCUGGUCUAUGCCCUCCUUCGAUUUGAGAUACAAUUCAUCUCGUGGCACGGUGCACGAGUUCUCGGCCUCCAAGUACUUCGUGCGGAUGAUGAUGACGCAUCCCUGGCGGACCUGGGACCCGAAAGUCGCCGAGGUCUUCAUCGUGCCGACGGAUGUGGAGCCCGUCUACCUGGAGGAGGGUAGCCAGGGUCCCUGCAGCGCGCGGCAAUACCAGGUGCACCUUUGGGGAGCCAUCCAGGCGCUGUUCGAGAAGCCGCAUAUUCGAGCGAAGCAGGGAGCGGACCAUUUCUGGAUGAUGUCCCAGAACGACCCGGAACGGCUCAUCGAAAAGCACGCCCCAGAGUUGGCGGAAGAAAUUCGUGCGCUGAAUUAUCUGCACUUCAUGUCAGUGGGGGCCAUGGAACUCUUCCCUCUCCGUUCGUUGGAAGCGCAUCCCGUGCGCGAGUCGAUCUUCGUGCUGAAUGGCACCCGGAGGAAGCGUGCUUGGCGCUGCUCCAUGCCGGUACCCUUUGUACAGAGUUUUCCUUUCGCCGACAGCGCGCAAGAGUCCUUCGCCUCCUUUACUGCGUGGACACGCAGGAAGUAUUUGUUCUAUCACCAGUUCUCGGGCCUUUACCAGGAUGACCGCUCCAGGGAGCUGCGAACGCAGGCUUUAAAGAUUCCCGGCGUCUCGCGCUACCCGCAGCGUGUCUGGGUGGGCGAUCGCUUUGUUGAGAGCGACUCCCUGCUGCAGGGCUUCCGCAGCUCGCGCUUCUGCUUCGCCAUUGCUGGACGGAAGGGAGGUGCAACCCGGAAGUUCUACGAUGCGGUGGCCCACGGUUGCAUCCCUGUGGUGAUCAUGGACCAGUGGCGCUUCUCCUUUUCGCCCUUCUCGGGCCACGUGCGCCAUGAAGACUAUGCCAUCUUCGUGCCGGAGGAAGCGCCAUUGAUAGAGCUGUAUACGUUGUUUUUUUGGUUGAAACAACAAAUUUUUGACUAUGUUUAA